AAAAAAUUGGCUUUUUUUACCUAUUUUUCACUCCAAAUGAAUCUGGACCAUUCAUGCCAGCAAACGCUUGCCAGUUUGGCAGUGCUCUUUUUCCCUUUGUCUCCCAUUGGAUGCUUUAGUAUGCUGCUUCUACUUUUUACUUUCUCUUUCUUUCCGGCUAUCUUGUCGUGGCAAAGACCUUUUUGGUGGGAGCCCUCGAAAGAGACAAUAAUAAAGAAAAAAAAGGAAGAAAAUGGCGAUGUGGGUAUUUGGGUACGGCUCUCUUAUUUGGAAAGCUGGGUUUAACUAUGAUGAUCGUCUUGUUGGCUUCAUCAAAGACUAUCGCCGUGUCUUCUACCAAGGGAGUACUGACCACAGAGGGACGCCUGAGUAUCCUGGGAGGACUGUCACAUUGGAGCCUGCUCAGGGCGAAGUCUGUUGGGGAGCUGCUUACAAGAUAUCCAAGAAAGAAGAUAAAGAAACUGCUCUAACGUAUUUAGAAGUGAGGGAGAAGCAGUAUGACAAGAAAGUUUAUCUGGAUUUUUUCACUGAUCCCACUGCUACAACUCCAGCUGUUUCCGGAGUAAUGGUGUACAUAGGAUCCGCAGACAAGAAGCUUAAUGAAAACUAUUUGGGGCCUGCUACUGUUGAAGAGAUUGCCAAACAAAUUGUUCAUGCUGAGGGCCCUUCAGGACCAAACAGAGAAUAUCUUUUCCGACUAGAAAAGGCUCUUCUUCAAAUUGGAUGUAAAGAUAAACAUGUAAUGGAUCUUGCAAAUGAGGCUAGGCGAAUUCUUUCAGAAGGGGAGCUAACUACAUCAUGAUGCAAAAAUGGGGGGAAGGGAAAAUAUAUUAAAAUGAGAAAAUCAGGGCAGCAUUAUAGAUGUGGGCAUCAGCACCGCUACAUGGAGUCAUCUGUUCCUACAUGUUUGCCCGGAUUGGGAUGCAGAAACUUAGAUUUCAUAUAGUGUGGGAUACAGUCAUCCCAAUUCUCCACAGGCAAAUGGUGUCAUGAUGAGGAUGUUUCCAUAUUCUUGUCGUUUCUUUCAUUUGGAUAUUUCCCUAUUAAACCUGAUUGCUCAUGAUGAACAAAUCAAAGGCUUUUCAUUAUUGAAAGCUAUCUCGACAUUUCAUUGGUGUCCCAUGAUGAUGGGGGAAUUUGUCUUUGAAGCUUAUGAAGUUAUCUAUAACCAAAUCCUGCGGCAUCCCACUGAUUAUCUGCUUCUCGCUCAUGCUUAAAAUCCCCUAGGGAUGAGUCAUCCCUAAUUGCGGGAACUUGUCGUUACAUUUAAAAUGAGAAAAAAAUAACAAUUUCAUGUGCUUGUAACAGUGUUGAAUAGCAAAUUGCACGUCAACAUUGUGAAGCUUUGCACUCAUUGAUACACUAAAUUUAAUGAUAUCCCUUGAAGAAAUGUUCUGUUAUUGUCGUGUUCAACUUGUUGACAUUUUCCAUCACUUUGAAGCAACUUGUCUCUACUUUAUUAUUUAUUUGCAAUGACAGACCAAAAACAACUAGAGCAUCCAACAUUAAAUAAUCUCUUUUCAUUACGAGGAAAGAAAAACAAUCAUUGAGAUAGAAACAGGAAAUCCUAUAUGACCUCAUCAAGAUGCAUAGCAGAUGCGCGAUCAUGCUUUUGGAAAAGGUGUCGCUACAUAUUCAAUUUCUGUACUUGAUGAAAUUUUAUAAUUAUCGAAAAAGAAAAACUGAUUUCUAUUCUGAAUCUGAAAAGUUGAAACUAUCGGUAAAUAUAUAUAUUAUUUAUGUAUGUAUUUGAAGAAUGUAUUAUGGGCAAUGCAUCAAACAGCUAAAGCCAUGAAUUCAUUUACCGCCGUUGAUAUGGUAGUUUACUGCUUAAACCAAGUUCCAAUUUUGAAAGAGCUCUCAUUCAACUUGGUAAGGUUUAUUUUCGGUACAAAAGAGGCUGUAACUGACAUUAAAAAAAAUAAGUACAAAUACUGAUAUUUAAAUCUUAAACUUGUUAAACUGCAUAGACCUAUUAAAUUA